UAAAGACAAUUAGCCUCUUUCCAACCAAAACCCAUGGCCAUUGAUUUGAUCUCCGAGAACAACAAUCCCAGCAGCCUCCCAACAAGUCCAAGAAUAUCAUUCUCAUAUGAUCUUUGCCCCAAAGACACUUCCCCUUCCUCCAUUGAACACCAUUCACAUUCUUCUCAUCAACUCUCCAUUUCUGCAGACUUCAAUUUCUCCACAACCCCCAACCCCUCAACUUCCUCCGCAGAUGAACUCUUCUCCGGCGGCCUAAUCCGCCCCAUUCCCCUCCAACAACUCCCUAUCCCCUCCAAAUCCCCACCGCCAUCUUCUUCGUCUCUGCCGCCACUCCCCAAGACCCCACCAAAGUCUCUCUGCCAUAUCAGGCGGAGCAGUAGCCUCCACUGUGAAGCUACCCACAAGAAAAGCCCCUUCUGGUCGUCGUUUCCGUUGCUGCGGCGGAGCUUCUCCGUGGGUUCGGUUGGGAAAGGGAAGAAACAGAUUAAUGCAGAGACGAAGCAGCGGCUGCAGAGGAGCUCUUCCUCCUCUGCAACUUUCUAUACGUUCCCAUCAUCGCCGCCGCGUAGGAACGGCGGCGAUGGGGUUCGGAUUAAUCCGGUGAUUAACAUUCUGCCCAGGGAUGCUGCUAAUCUCUUCAGAUUUGGGGCUUUGUUUCGAAAUGGAAAAGAAAAGAACAAGAAAUUAUCACUGUGAUGAUGGUUCAUUGUUUUACCUGCAAGGAGAUAACAAAGAAUCCAUUUCGAAUAGAGUCUCACAUCUAUAUCAUUUUGAGUAUAAUAUGUUUAGUUGUAAUGGUUCAUAAAUAGACCUUUUAAAUAAAGUCUCACAUCUAUAUCAUUUCAACUACAAUAUCUUUGGUUGUGAGGGUUAAUUGUUAUAAAUAUAAGGAGAUAUUGAGAA